AUUUUAUUUAUCACCUUCCGAUUCGGAUGGAUUGAUAACUUUGACUUUUGGAGUCUUGAAUUUAAAUUUGUUCGAGUAUAUUUUUUAUUAAUAAUUAUCAUCUGCAAAUUGUGACGUUUUAAUUCAAAUUUAAAUUAGUAUCGAAGACUAUGCUAAAUGGUACGAUGUAGUUAAUGUGAUAUACAUUAUAAACGCUAGUCAGUUUUGGGUGCAUACAAUUUCUGAUUAAAAUUUUCUAAUGCAAAUUGCAGUUGUUUAGUAGUUUUUUCUUUAUUUAAUAACCUCUUCUUGUCUGAAAUAUCAUGCCGAAACGAAGAAGUAACGAAAAUUCAAAAAAUCAGAAUGGAAAUGAUAUUUCUUCUACAACAGAUGCAAAUGUUAGCAAAACGGAGGAUGUAAAACCCGUCACAACUGUUAUAUGCCAGACGCUGAUCAAGCCGGCUCCCUUCAGCGACGAAGAAGACGCUAUACGCGAACGAGAUGCAUGCAAUUACUGCGAACGCGUAGCUUACGAAGACGCAGUUUCUGGAAAUGUUAGAAGGAAGGUAAGAGUCUAUGCGGAUGGAAUAUACGAUGUUUUCCACGAAGGCCACGGACGCCAACUCAUGCAAGCAAAAAACUUGUUUCCGAACGUUUAUUUAAUUGUCGGAGUUUGCAACGAUGCUCUGACUCACGAGAAAAAAGGCCGCACCGUCAUGAUGGACGAAGAACGAUACGAAGCGGUUCGGCAUUGCCGGUAUGUCGACGAAAUUGUACGCGACGCGCCUUGGGAAAUUGACGACGAUUUUCUCGAGAAACAUAAAAUUGAUUUCGUAGCUCACGAUGAGAUACCUUACGAAAGCGAUCAAAGCGACGACGUGUACGCGAAGCUAAAAGAAAAAGGCAUGUUUGUUGCCACAAAACGAACCGAAGGUAUCUCCACGUCCGAUAUCGUUGCUCGAAUCGUUCGCGAUUAUGAUAUUUACGUGCGUAGAAAUCUAGCUCGCGGCUAUAGCGCCAAAGAAUUAAAUGUUUCUUUUUUAAAGGAGAAAAAAUUCAGAUUCCAAAAUAAAAUGGAACAACUGAAGGAUCGAAGUAAACGGGUGAUAGAAAAUGUCGAGGAAAAACGAAUGGAUAUGAUAAGAAAAUGGGAGGAGAAAUCGAGGGAUUUUAUCGAUACUUUUUUAUUGCUAUUCGGAAGAGAUGGCCGUUUGUCUCACAUUUGGAAUGAAAGUAAAGGUAGACUUAUGCAAGCAUUUUCUCCGCCUUCUAGUCCCAUCAAUACUAGAGAAAGUAGUCCUUCUUCAUCUGUUUGCAGCGACGAAGAAAGCAGUUUCAGGCCGCCACCGUCCAAGUCGUUGAAAUUGAGUCACGGGGCCAUGCUUGAAAUGUCCAACGGCUGCUUAGAAUAUUCCGAAGAUGAAGAUGAGGAUGAUGAAGAUUUCGUGGAUGCGGGUGAUAGUCGUGCGAAGGAAUCGCUUAAAAAAGACUCGUCAGUUUCUUCGAAUGAUGCUGCAUUGACGAAGGAAUGACAAUAAAACAUUUUUUUUGAAUACAAUUCGUUGAUUCGAUUACUCGGUAUUUGAGAUACAUACAAAGAAAGAAUAGUAAAUUAUUUUACCUAUAAUUUUCGUUAUAUAUUCGUGUUUUUACAUAAUUUACAUUGUUUGAAUAUUAUUCAAAUUAUCUUGUUGAAUUUGUUUACUUUUUCUUUUCAUUAUUACUAUCGUCAUUAUUACUUCUAUUAUUAUUACAAUACCUACGUUUA